AACAUCUCCAAAUCCGCCAUGUCCUUCCCAUCCAGCUUCUCUCUCUCCCUCCUCUACAGCUCCUCACGAGCUACAAACCACCCACCAUGCAACUAACCACCCCCAUCUACACCACCUACCUCCGGCAAACCCACCUCCUCCCCCUCCGCCGAACCCUCUCCACCACCACCGCCACACAACCACAACCACAACCACCACGCUCACCACCCUCAAACCCCAACAAAAAACGCCUCCAAGACGUCACCCCCUCCGACAUCUCCUACUACUGGGACACGACAAUCCCCACCCCUGCACAACUCCAAUACGCCGACAAAAUCUUCACACCCACCCGCCACGGGCCCCUCAAGCUCUGGUCCGCCAGCAAAUUCCGCACCACGCCCCUCUCCUCGCUCGAGCCCGAAGUCGCCUUCCUGGGCCGCUCCAACGCCGGAAAAAGCUCCCUCCUGAACGCCGUCAUGGGGCGCGAGAUGUGCUGGACGUCGUCGAAGCCCGGACGCACCCGCGAAAUGAACGCCUUCGGCAUCGGCGGCACCAAGGGCGGCGAGUCGAAGGUCGUGCUGCUGGAUAUGCCGGGGUAUGGGCGGGCGAGUCGUGCGGAGUGGGGCGCGGAGAUCAUGAAGUAUCUGCAGGGGAGGAGGCAGUUGAGGAGGGCUUUCUUGUUGAUCGAUAGCGAGCAUGGGGUCAAGGGGACGGAUCGCGAUAUUCUGGGGCUGUUUCGGCGGUAUGCGAUUCCGCAUCAGAUCGUGCUGUCGAAGGUCGAUAAGGUGUUGGCGAAGAGGAAGAGUCAGGUGAAGAGUGGGGUGUCGACGGCGGGGUUGGCGGCGUUGCAGGAGAUGUUGCGCGGGUUGAGGACGGUCGUGCAGCCGGUGGGAGGGGCGGAGGGGCCGGGGGCGCUGGGCGAGAUUUUGACGUGUAGUGCUGAGGCGACGAUGGGGCAGGGCCAGGCGUUGGGGGUCAGCGCGUUGCGGUGGGCGAUUUUGUCGGCGGCGGGGUUGGAUGGGAAGGUGGAGGGGGUUGCGUCUAAGGAUGCUGUUGCGGCGGAGUCGUGAGGGAUGGGUUUGGAGCUUUAUACGCUCUGAAUACUUGUGGACAUUUCAGUGUGGGAUGACACUUGCCAUGGAUACACUCAACUCUACUGGAGACUCUUGCGAGGCUAGGGAGUUUCGGAAGAUGGAGUCUCGACAUCCCUCUCCUACGAGAUGACUGACAUCUCAGGGAGCAUAAUGAACUGUUAUGCUCGUGGCUGGACACGGGGACAUGGACCAACCGAGACUCGAUAUCGAAUUCGCAGGGCGAACUCAAUCCAGCCGUUGAACAGGGUCUUUCCAUCUCCCUACUCCAAGCGAAGACAGACAAUUGGAGGACAAACAGACGAGGAUUGACAUUUUGUCACAAACACCCUUGUGUUUCUGUAUAGCUACUGAUCAUAAUGAUGUACCUUACAAAAUAUUGAAAUAGACCAGUCAUAGACUACGUUAUUUGCAGAUAGACC